UAGCAGUCUUAGCACACGACAUAGCACAGUAGCACCUCUCGCCCUUGUUGCGCUGCAUUCUUCAGUAUAUACCCCAACCCUGUUACUGACAGGUCUGCAUUCGAAUCACUACAGUCACGAUGAUUCCGCGAAUUCUGCUCACGGCGGUUUGCCUCGUCCACGGUGCUUUGUCACGCGCACUUCCACCCACAGCACAGGUCCCGCUGUUGUCUUCGCAGCACCAGGACUCCGCCAAGCCGGAGCAUUCGAGCGUUCUGAUCGCCUACAAGCGGAAUGGGGAGGAUCACGAGGCAACAUUUCAGUUCCCAUUGCGACGGCCCAUACGAGGAUCGGUGCUGCACGAUGACCCUUGGCACGACACACACCGAGCCGUGAACUCGAUGAAGAUUGUGGCCGUGCUGGAUGCGGAGACAGCGGCGUUUAGGUCCGAGGACGAGCUGGUGCGGGUGCGCUGCAGAAUCGAGCCAGCGUUCAGCGCCGAGGAAGUCAGCGCGGCGUCUGAUUCAGGUAGUGAACUGCGUGUCUGGCCGACGUUUGGCGUAGAGGACGGGAUUGUGAUUCUGGACCGAUCGGACUCGAGGUGGUUUCUGGCAGGUAGAUCAAUAAAGAACAUCGAGUGCUGGUGAAGCAAUAGCAGAAAGAUCAAGUAUGCCGCUGUGACAGUCGCGUCCGAUAAUAGACAACAGGGGUAUAUUCUUGUGAUGCAGCGACCGUAAACCAUGCAACUCCAGGCAAUGCAAAGCCUCGCGUAUUCUAUCAGACGUUGUCGCCAUCGUUCAUGUUGGC